AGUACCACCCACUCUCUAUAAAAACCAUCACCUUCCCUUCAAAGAAAGAAAAUAAUAACUGCAUGCUCUCUCUUCUCUUAGAAACAAAGCAUCACCAUAACAUGGCUUUUGUUGCAUUCUCAUUCUUCUUCCUUCUCCUAUCACUCCAUGCUUCAUCAUCAGAAGCAGGAUCUAUCGGAAUCAACUAUGGUAGAAUAGCUGAUAACCUACCAACACCAUCAAAGGUAGUAGAGCUUUUGAAAGCACAAGGUUUCAACCGAGUAAAGCUCUACGACACCGACGCCACCGUGUUAACGGCUUUGGCAAACUCCGGCAUCAAAGUCACCGUUGCCAUGCCAAACGAGCUUCUCUCCUCGGCCGCAGCCGACCAAUCCUACACCGACACAUGGAUCCAAUCCAACAUCCUUAACCACUACCCCGCCACAGAAAUCGAAGCCAUUGCUGUCGGAAACGAGGUUUUCGUAGACCCGAAAAACACGACCAACUAUCUCGUACCCGCCAUGAAAAACGUUCAUGCUUCUCUCCAAAAACAAAACCUAGAUAAACAGAUUUUAAUCUCUUCACCAAUAGCUCUCUCUGCUUUACAAUCUUCUUACCCUACCUCAACCGGUUCAUUCAAAACUGAACUUGUUGAACCGGUUAUUAAACCGAUGCUCGAGUUUCUAAGUCAAACCGGUUCUUAUUUAAUGGUUAACGCUUAUCCUUUUUUUGCUUAUGCUGCUAACUCAGACACAAUCUCAUUAGAUUAUGCUUUGUUUAAGCAAAACCCUGGUGUUAUUGAUUCUGGUAAUCAUUUGAAAUAUGAUAAUCUUUUGGACGCUCAAAUCGACGCCGUUAAUGCUGCCAUGUCUGCACUUCAAUAUGAUGAUGUUAAGAUAACAGUUUCUGAAACGGGUUGGCCUUCAUUAGGUGAUAGCAAUGAGAUUGGUGCUGGUCAAGACAAUGCUGCUUCUUACAAUGGUAAUUUAGUGAAAAGGGUUUUGAAUGGAAGUGGGACCCCUUUAAGACCUAAGGAUCCACUUAAUGUAUUUUUAUUUGCUCUUUUUAAUGAGAAUCAGAAAACGGGUCCCACUUCGGAGAAAAAUUAUGGUUUAUUUUACCCUAGUGAGAAAAAGGUUUAUGAUAUUCCGUUGACGAUGUCAGAGACUAAUAAAUCUUUGACACCGAUAGCAGAGUCUCCAGUGGAGUCAGCGCAGGCUCCAGUGGCGGGUGUAGGGAGGAGUAAGGUGCCGGUUAGUGGUGGUGAUGUGUCGGUGGUGGAGAAUAAAGGGCAAACAUGGUGUGUGGCGAAUGGUGGUUAUUCCGAGGAGAAGUUGAAACACGCGCUUGAUUAUGCGUGUGGAGAAGGUGGAGCCGAUUGUGCACCGAUUCAACCUGGUGCCACGUGUUACAAUCCUAAUACUUUGGAGGCACAUGCUUCCUUUGCUUUCAAUAGUUACUAUCAGAAAAAGUCACGUGGGGGUGGCACAUGUGAUUUUGGUGGUGCUGCUUAUGUUGUUACACAAGCUCCUAGGUAUGGAAAAUGCGAUUUCCCUACAGGAUACUGAAAGGACGGAAAUGGAGUGGGUUAGAUUAGGUCAAUUUUAGAUUUUGGAUUAUGAUUAUUUAGUUUUUCAAACUAUAUAGUUUGGAUUAGUUAAUGGUGAUUUGGUGGUGUUUUAGGCUUUUAUUCUUGUUUUUACUUUGAUAGCAUGCGUUUGGAUUAUCAUUCUUAUGGUUUAUUUACGAUUCUUAUUAUUUUUAUGAUUAAUUAAUAAAUAAAACUAUUCAUUGGUAGUUUGGUGGGC